AUGUCUCUCCCAAUUGUCCAUGAAUAUGACAACGGCGACGCCGACGACGAUAGCCUCUACUCGAUAAUCUCGACGUCGCCAGGUCUCGACACCGCAACCUCUCCUAGCGAGUAUGGACACGACGAUGUCGACGAUGAUUUCGAACAGUUUUCUCUUGAUGAAGAUGGCAUUGGCGAUGGCGAUGGCGUCAACUCGGAAAUUUCAUGUGGAUGCUCGACUUCAGUGACGCCAAGCGCGUACGAGGAUGAGGUAGCAUAUGGCCGACGAUACCACGGUUUCCGGAAGGGCCGCUACCCGUUGCCCAACGACGACUUGGAGCAGCGAAGAGAAGAAACAAAUCAUGCUUUAAUGUUAGAACUUACUGUAUGUGCUUUGGCCUUCUUCGGCACCCGAGUCAGCAUUCGCGGCAUCUUCAUUGACUCAUGCCAACCCAUUGAAUUCCGAGAACUGAUAGCCACCCAGGGCGGACGACUCUUUUACUCCGACAUUGGCAAGUAUCCGCACAAAAUUAUUGAUAUUGGGACAGGAACUGUGGCGGACCAGUACCCAAGUGCAAGUGUGGUUGGAACCGAUCUAUCCCCUAUACAACCGAAAUGGGUACCUGUGAACGUGCGAAUGUAUGUGGACGAUUGCGAAGAGCCUGAUUGGCUCCACGGCUCCAACUUUGACAUGGUACAUUUUCGCGGAGUGGCAGGCACUCUACGAGACCUGGAUAGAAUGUUGAAGAGAACUUAUCCGCAUGUGCGAGAUGGUGGAUGGGUAGAGUUUCACGAGUUCAUUCCUCAAAUAUUAUGUGACGAUGGAACCAUGAGUAAAGAGGACCCAUUACGAAUAUUUUUCGACGCCUCAACACAAGGUCUACGAACCUUUGGUGGCGAGCCCCUGAGAGCGCUCAACUUGGAAGAGACACUUGUUGGCGCCGGCUUCACAAAUAUCCAUGUUAUCACAAAGAAAGUGCCCAUUGCUGCUUGGCCACGAGAUAAACAUUUGAAGACAGUUGGCAUGUUUACGAGGGCGGUAAUACUAGAUUCGCUUGGCGCUCUCGCGGCCAAGCCACUGGCAGCUCUUGGAAUACCUUCAGAAGACCGCCGAUCUCUAGUCACGCAAGUUAAACGAAGCCUCAAUGACCGGAGGAUACACCGUUAUAUGAAGUUCGUCAUUUGUUACGGGCAGAAGAGAGAGGAUUCCUAG